AUGAUGAAGUACUCACCAUUUCAUGAUGAUGAACCAUCAAAUAAUGACCCAACAGGGGUACAAACAACAUCAGAUCAAGCAGCAGGACAACCAAGUGCACCAAGACAUCCAAUAGCACUAUUCUUUCAUUUCUUUUUCAAGGGUAUCGCAAUUGGUAUCUAUAUCCUCGACUACUUUAUCUCUUUUGGUUUUGUCAUUACAUUUAUCGUUAUUACAUUGUCGUCGGCAUUUGAUUUCUGGACCGUAAAGAAUGUAAGCGGUCGUUUGUUGGCUGGUUUGAGAUGGUGGAAUGAAAUACAACCAGACGGAUCUGAUAAAUGGCAUUAUGAAUCAACCAACAACAAGGCUUCUGUCAAUCAAUCGGAAUCUUUCUUGUUUUGGGUUGGACUUAUUGGAUGUCCAUUGGUUUGGGCUGUCUUUACCGUUUUCAGUAUCUUUUCAUUAUUAAAGUUUAGUUUUGGUUGGUUGGUUGUCGAUAUUAUUUGUUUGGCACUUUCUGGUUACAAUGUAUAUAGUUAUAUUAAAUGUGCUAAAGAUGCACGUAAAAAGGUAAAAGGAAUGGCACAAUCCUAUCUUUGUGUUUAUACAUCUGUGCUUCCUCAACUCAGUUUGAUUUCGAUCGCAGAUUUACCUCAUCAUCACAUUAACGAUACAACUCUGCAAUCAUCAACAGCAUUUGCUUAUUAUAGAUAUAUAGACAGUAGAUUAAGGUUCCAAGGUUCUGACCUCGUUCGUUUCAUCUACUCUACAGCUUACAACUCAAACAAUCACCUUUUAAUUUAA